AAUAUUGCUACCUACCAAGUGAAGAUAGCAAACUAAUCAACCAUUCAUUGAUGCACCAACCAACACGACACUCCAAGUUCCUUCAAGGAAUCACUACCAUUUUAUUUCCAUUCACUUGUUUUCAAAUAUAAGGAAUCAUGGAAGGAAGGAUGGGACUCUUGUUUCUUGUUGUAUUGGGUGCUGCUUGGGCUUGUGAUGCAAGAGAAGUGGCCAACCUUGAUCAAAUGAAAAUUUAUACUGCAAACACUGAACCAAAAGCAAACCUGGAUAUGUGUUCACUUUGUGAGGAAUAUACUACCAAGGCACUUGAAUAUAUAAAGCAAAACAAGACCGAUCAAGAGAUCAUUGAUACCCUGCACAACACAUGCAGCCAGCUUCACUCUUUCAAGCAGAAGUGCAUUGAUUUGGUGGACUAUUAUACUCCUAUUUUCCUCUCGGAAGUAGCUUCACUCAAGCCUAGAGAAUUCUGCCACGAGAUCAAUAUCUGCCAGCUCGUUGAACAUGUUUCCUUGCAAGUUCAAGAAGAUGCCUGUGGGUUUUGCGAAGAAACUGUUUCAACUCUGUUGGAUAAGUUGAAAGAUAGUGACACUAAGCUAGAGAUAAUUGAGACAUUACUGAAGUUGUGCAAUUCAGUGGAGAAGUAUGCAAAUACGUGCAAGAAAUUGGUUUUUGAUUAUGGACCCUUGGUUUUUGACAAUGCUGAGAAAUUCCUGGAGAAUGUAGAUUUCUGCACUGUAAUACAUGCCUGCAAAUCUUCAGCAGUAGCUAGCGAGCAAGCUUUUCUUUCAGACUCUUAAUUAUAGAAACAAAGCUCUACCAGGUUUAUGGUUCCCUUUAAGAUUUCCAUAUACAAUGUAAUAAGGAAGAGGGAGAGUACAAUUUCGAAGCAUUGUCAGUGUAAAGUUUUUAAUACUAGUUUAUCCUGUGUCAGCACAUUAUUAGAAAAAGUUGAAACUUACUGUGUAGUGGUUGUGGUACUCAAGCUUCGUUAUUAUUUGGAAAAAUGUAAUCUUAUGUUUGUUCUUCAAAAGAAAAUCUUUAUAUA